GGAGGACGGGAGGAAAACCUGUGUAGGUAAUACAGCAGGACAUGGAUGGAAGAUACUUCUUAGAUGAUGACCCUUGGGGUUCCGAAUUUGACAAUUAUACUGAUUCUGUAUCAACUGAUGCUGUUCCUUGUCAUCAGGACUACUGGAAACUGGACAAGUAUUUUGUAAUGGUUGUUUACAGUCUUGUGUUUUUUCUGAGUUUGCUGGGAAAUUUUCUGGUGAUGCUUGUCAUCCUCCACAACCGGCUCAGCCGUUCAGUCACAGAUAUCUACCUGCUCAACUUGGCCAUGGCUGACCUGCUCUUUGCCCUGUCACUGCCCAUCUGGGCCGCCUCCAAGGUGAAAGGUUGGAUCUAUGGUACCCCUCUUUGCAAAUUUGUCUCCCUCCUGAAGGAGGUCAACUUCUACAGUGGCAUUCUGCUGCUGGCCUGCAUCAGUGUAGACCGCUACCUAGCCAUUGUCCAUGCUACUCGUGCUUUGACUCAGAAGCGCCACUGGGUAAAAUUCAUCUGCAUGGGCAUCUGGGGCCUGUCCUUGGUCCUGUCCAUGCCCAUUCUUUACUCCCGUGAGGCAUUCAAGUCAGAGAAUAAUGGCUUUGUCUGUUAUGAGAACUUGGGCAACAAUACUGAAAAAUGGCGGCUGGUACUGAGGAUCCUGCCCCAGUCCUUUGGUUUUGUCCUGCCCCUGCUGGUCAUGCUCUUCUGCUAUGGCUUCACCCUGCGCACCCUCUUUGAAGCACACAUGGGACAGAAGCAUCGGGCCAUGCGGGUCAUCUUUGCUGUGGUCCUUGUCUUCUUACUCUGCUGGCUGCCCUACAAUCUGGUGCUGGUCACUGACACCCUCCUGAGGACCAAAAUGAUCGAGGACACCUGUUCGAGAAGGGAGGAGAUUGACAGGGCCUUGGAUGUCACUGAAGUGCUGGGCUUCCUCCACAGCUGCCUCAAUCCCAUUAUCUAUGCUUUCAUUGGACAGAAGUUUCGCCACAGCUUCCUUAAAAUCCUGGCUGCCCGUGGUGUGGUCAGUCAGGAUUUCUUGGCACGCCACCAUAUCUCAUCCUCCUCCUUUGCCUCUUCUUCAGUUUCUGCUGCUGUCUGAGUAUCAUCAGUUCAGAAUUUCACAAAACCCUAUAUAAAAGACUCUACCAAUAAGAAGUUAUUGGGUUGACUGGGAUUAGAAGAUGAGACUUAGAAUAUAGGGAUGAAAGUUUAUGGUGUUUUUUUCCCAUGUGUGGAAUAAGCUCCCUUCUCAUCUCUGCUUCUUGUAUGCCUUUAAGGCUAAGUUCAGGUGCCAUUUCCUUUUUGAAGUUUUUCCUGAUGCCCCCAGGUUUCAUCAGUCUCUUCCUCCCCAAAUUAAUUUGUAUUACAUUUGUCUUUGUACAUGUUGUAUCCCUUCAAUAGACUGUAAGCUGCUCAAGGCCAGGAAUUGUUUUGGUUUGGUCUUUGUAUGUACAUUCAGAACAUAGCCAUAGUCCCUCAAACACAGUAAGGGCUUAUUAAAUGUCUGUUGAAUGAGUGAAUAAGAGGCAAGGACUGAAACCUGAGAAACCAUUGAGGGACCCUGAGGAUAAGGUCCUGGGAUAUAGAGGGAGAGAAUAAUAUCUCAACAUAUUGUCUACGGUUUUGCCUAGCUUUUCCUCUGAGUAGUAUCACCAUCCAGGAUGGGCUUCUGUUUAUGAAAAUCCUCUGACUGGCUUUCAAAGGCCUUGCUAUGCCCAGAACACAACAGUGCAUCUCCUGACUCUGGGCACUUUCACUGGCUGACUUCCACACUCUCCCUCCUCAUCCCCACUGCCUGGUUUCUCAGGCUUCUUCCAAGUUCCAGCUAAAAUCCCACCUUCUGCAAGGAGCCAUUCUCCAUCCUCCUUAACUUGAGUGCCUUUCCUUUGAUAUCACUCCCAAUUUGUCCUGCACGUAUCUGAUUUGUACAUAGUUGUUGACAUGUGGUUUCCCCUAUUAGACUGUGAGCUCUUUGAAAGCAGGAAUUUUUUUGGGUCUUUCUUUGUAUUCCCAGUGUUUAGUAUGGUGCCUGGCACA